AUUAUGUCAGACUUGUUUGCAAAUAAAAAAUAUUUUGGUCAUUGAAAAACGUGCCGAGUGAGUUGUUUGUGUUACGUACUUGUGCUAAUUACAUUCAAGUUAAAUAUUUCUGAAAUUUCUUUUAACUUGUCCCCUGGUCAUUGCCAAGUUCAAGGCUGAGCGUUGAGUAAAACAGAUGGGGUUUAAAAUGAGUGACUUUAAAAAUAAUAGCCUAUAUGAUAGGAUGAACAAAUUACUUGUCUCUUAUGAUUGGAGCGAUUGUAAUUUUAUAGUGUGUGGAAAAGAGUUUAAGGCACAUAAACUAAUAUUAGGCAUAAGUAGCCCCGUGUUUGAGGCAAUGUUUUAUGGACCUCUAUCAUCAAAUGAUAAUAUUAUUAUCACUGACAUAGACCCUACUAUAUUUCAACUCCUUUUACAUUUUAUUUAUACGGACAAAGUGCACAUCUUAUCCAUUGAACAAGCAUAUGACUUGUUAUAUGUGUCCAAGAAAUAUUUGUUAGACUCACUAACAGGUAUAUGUAUAGAAUAUAUUGAAGGCAAUAUGAGUAUUGACAAUGUCAUAAAGAUCCUAAACUAUCCAGAUUAUAUGCAAGAAAAUGAAAUACUGACAUCUGCAUUGAAUCUCUUUUGUCAGCAUGCACACUAUUUACUUCAAGAACAUAAAACUGACAUUUCUAUAUCAUGUUUAAGGAAAAUAUUAGAGUGCAAUGAUAUAAAUGUGAGUGAAAAAGAUUUGAUCAAGAUAACAUUUGAGUGGACCUUAAAUUAUUGUGAACAAAAUGAUAUAAGUAUAGAAACAGUGAAGUGUAGAGAUAUACUUCUAAAGAGUGGCUUAUUUGCAUUGUUGCGAUUUCAUAUCCUGUCUGAAGACGAACUUGAUGAAAUAGCUCUUGAUAAAACAAAUCUCCUCCUUCCAACUGAAAUUGAGGAUAUAAAGCAGAUAGUUAAAAAAACACUGAACAGCCCUGACAAUAGUAAUAAGAAAUUGGACGGCAUGAUGUGUGUAAUACCUAUACCUCGAAAUGUAAUAAAGAUCCAGUGGCAUCUUUGUCAUCGAGCUCUUAUUCGAUCUGAAUCUCCAAUAUCGAUUGAUUCUCAUAACAAUUGUAUAUACACAAGACUCAAGGCUGACAAAUCAUUUUUCAUACAUUCCCUGAAAAUUCAGUCAAGGAUGGCUCCUGUGGAUAAUUUCUGCAACUCAAUAAAUACCUAUGUUGAAGAGUUUUCAAUAUCAAUAAUGUCAGAAUCUGAUAACAGUAUUAUUAGGAAACUUAAUUUUAAGAAAGAGAUUGAAUAUGAUUCUAAUAUUGAUAUUGAAUUUUUGGAACCAUUAUGCAUUAGAAAAGACAAGUGGUAUAGAAUAGGAUUUAUAUGGCCCAACCAAAGAUUAUUUGAUACACAUUUAUAUAGUGUGCAAAGUAGAGAUUUGUGCUAUAUGCUGUAUAAUAAUAAGAUUAAGUUUGAAUUUCAAGAUAUUCUAUCAUUGUCUGAUAGUUGUGGAAGUUUUCUGAAGGGUUUAAAAUUCUGUCUGUAAAUUAAGUGUUUUUUAAGUAUGUAUAAGUUGCAUGCCAAACUAAAUAAUUUAUUUAUACAUUUAAGCAAACUAACUGUUUAAGUAUGUCAAAUUACAUGUUUGAUAAUGUUAUUUAUAAAAGUAAUGAAGCAUAUGCGUGUACUAAUUAUAAAGACAUUAUUUUAGAUUGGUUUACUCAAAAAAAGUCUAAGUAAAAUAUUAAUAACAAAAAAAAAACGACAUAUUACUCUAAAUUAUAGAAAGCUAGAGUAGUAAUAGGAAGUGUAAGUAAUAGCAUGUUUUGCAUAGGAGCGUCAAAAUGUUGUCAAAGAUUGACAUAGGAUAAUAAGAUUUGCAGUGUAAAUGAUUAAGCCUUGUUUGAAAAAAAAUUCCAUACUAAGUGAAGUUGGAAAUGAUGUGAACAACAUAAAAAAAGCCAUUUGUUUGACUGAUAUACAGACUUCCAUACUUGCUUGAAGGCAGUAAAAAGAAAAAGGGAAAUUUUUACUACAACUUACCAUUUGUGAAAUUGACAUUCUGAUCGCUCUUUAGAAGCUUUGUCCCAUAUCGUAACUCUUGCGACCACAAUUUACAGAUAGCAAGAAGGAAAAUGAAGAAUACAAGAACAAUAAUUAAUGUAUUGUCUGCUAUUUUUUUUUUAAUUUUAAAUAUCGCUGACUAAGUCUGAAAGUUUAGAAAUUAAAGACUAACGGGAGACGGACUGACUGUCUCCCCGUGACCACGCUCGC